GGAGGAUUUUUGAAGGAUUCUUUCACGCUGUUGAAAGAUAAGAGCCAUAUUGCAAAUUAUGAUUAUUGACGUUAAAACAAAGUUCACAUGAGCCAACAGCUGAAAACUAGGGAAAUGGCAGAGUUAGACCUAGUUUUCAAGAACUACAACAAAACAGCAACAAACAAAAAAACAGGAGGAAAGAGCCCCAGUAUUUGUUACGAGAAACACUGACAUCUCCUGGUAGAUAAUGGCAACGUAUCAAUAUUAAUGAAAUCAGUCUGCGCAGUUUAACAUGAAUUGAAGAUGUAUUACCAAAUGCUAACGUUACCAUUUUGACACUACAUUUAAGAUAAAGGCUUACAUUAUUAUUAUUUUAUUUUUUUACUUUACAGAGAUGAAACGUAUAUAGGCAAUUUUUCAUUUGAGUGAGGCACAUGGGGAGAUAGGCAAAGGCAAUUUUUUACAAAGGCUAAUUUGUAACCACUAUUUUUGUGGUGCUGUUGUUGCUUCUCCAAGCCUUUUGAUCUAGCCGCCGUACUAAAAGCAUGUUCGAUCCUCCCAUCUGUCAGAUUUCUGGCAAAUCAUAGAGCAGCCCCCAUGCAAGUGAGUUUUCGCUGAACAAGAAACUAUUUUUUUUUGUCCGCCAUGGCAAAGCAGUAUGACGUUUUGCUCAGGUUGCUACUUUUAGGAGAUUCCGGGGUUGGAAAGACCUGUUUGUUGUGCAGGUUCACGGAUAAUGAAUUCCAUUCGUCGCAUAUCUCUACACUUGGAGUGGAUUUCAAAAUGAAAACAUUAAAAAUAGAUGGCAUUAAAGUGCGCGUACAGAUCUGGGAUACUGCUGGCCAGGAACGGUACCAGACCAUCACCAAGCAGUACUACAGACGGGCACAGGGUUUUAUCCUGGUGUAUGACAUCACUAGUUCCCGUUCCUUUCAGCACAUUGUGAAGUGGGCUAGCGAUGUGGAUGAGUUUGCACUUGACAAGGUGCAGAGGAUCCUGGUGGGGAACAAGGCUGAUGAGGCACAGAAGAGGAAAGUGCCUAAAGAACAAGGGAACAAGCUAGCAAAAACCUAUGGAAUGGAGUUCUUUGAGACAAGUGCCUGCACCAACUGCAACAUAAAUGAGUCGUUCACCCGGUUGACAGAGCUGGUCUUGCAUGCUCACAAGAAAGAGAUGGAUGCCUUCCAGGGUUCAAUUAAUAAAUACCGAGACAUGACUUAUCUGGAGGGAGAGCAGGACAAAGAGGACAACUCCCAGAAGGCCUGCGCAUGUUAGCAUGAGGCAAAACUCUCAACCUGGGAGUGUUUGGCUAAAAUAUUUAGUUGUUUUUGCAAUACCUCUGGCCCUGUGACAUAAUGGCAAUGAAAUGAUGAUUAACUUAUUAUAUCUGUGAGGACAGUUGAGUCGGAAGUUUACAUACACCUUAGCCAAAUACAUUUAAAUUCAGUUUUUCACAAUUCCUGACAUUUAAUCCCAAGUAAAAAUUCCCUGUCUUAGGUCAGUUAGGACCACCACUUUAUUUUAAGAAUGUGAAAUGUCAGAAUAAUAGUAGAGAGAAUUAUUUAUUUCAGCUUUUAUUCCUUUCAUCACAUUCCCAGUGGGUCAGAAGUUUACAUACACUCAAUUAGUAUUUGGUAGCAUUGCCUUUAAAUUGCCUUCCACAAGCUUCCCACAAUAAAUUGGGUGAAUUUUGGCCCAUUCCUCCUGACAGAGCUGGUGUAACUGAGUCAGGUUUGUAGACCAUCUUGCUUGCACAUGCUUUUUCAGUUCUGCCCACAACUUUUCUAUAGGAUUGAGGUCAGGGCUUUGUGAUGGCCACUCCAAUACCUUGACUUUGUUGUCCUUAAGCCAUUUUGCCACAACUUUGGAAGUAUGCUUGGAGUCAUUGUCCAUUUGGAAGACCCAUUUGCGAUCAAGCUUUAACUUCCUGACUGAUGUCUUGAGAUGUUUCUUCAAUAUAUCCACAUAAUGGGGCCCUCCCGGGUGGCGCAGUGGUCUAAGGCACUGCAUUGCAGUGAUAGCUGUGCCACCAGAGACUCUGGGUUUGAGCCCAGGCUCUGUCGCAGCCGGCCGCGACUGGGAGGACCAUGGGGCGGGGCACCAUUGGCCCAGCGUCGUCCAGGUUAGGGAGGGUUUGGCCGUUAGGGAUAUUCUUGUCUCAUCGCGGACUAGCGACUCCUGUGGUGGGCCUUGCACAGUGCACGCUGACCAGGUUUCCUCUGACACAUUGGUGCGGCUGGCUUCCGGGUUGGAUGUGCACUGUGUUAAGAAGCAGUGCGGUUGUGUUUCGGAGGACGCAUGGCUCUCGACCUUUGCCUCCCCCGAGUCCGUACGGGAGUUGCAGCGAUAAGACAAGUCCGUAAAUACUAACAAUUGGAUACCACGAAAUUGGGGAGAAAAUUAUAAAUAUAUAUAAUUUCCCUAUAAAAUCAUGCCAUCUAUUUUGUGAGGUGCACCAGUCCUCCUGCAGCAAAGCAAAGUCCUCCAAACAUAACGAUGGUCAUUAUGUCCAAACAGUUCUAUUUUUGUUUCAUCAGACCAGAGGACAUUUCUCCAAAAAGUAUGAUCUUUGUCCCCAUGUACAGUUUCAAACCGUAUUCUGGCUUUUUGUGGCGGUUUGGAGCAGUGCCUUCUUCCUUGCUGAGCAGCCUUUCAGGUUAUGUCGAUAUAGGACUCGUUUUACUGUGGAUAAAGAUACUUUGUACCUGUUUCCUCCAGCAUCUUCCAAGGUCCUUUGCUGUUGUUCUGGGAUUCAUUUGCACUUUUUUGUACCAAGUACGUUAAUCUCUAGGAGACAGACCGUGUCUCCUUCCUGAGCGAUAUGGCGGCUGCGUGGUCCCAUGGUGUUUAUACUUGCGUACUAUUGUUUGUACAGAUGAACGUGGUACCUCUAGGCAAUUGGAAAUUGCUCCCAAGGAUGAACCGGACUUGUGAAGGUCUACAUUUUUUUUGAGGUCUUGGCUGAUUUCUUUUGAUUUUCCAAUUAUGUCAAGCAAAGAGGCACUGAGUUUGAAGGUAGGCCUUGAAAUACAUCCACGGGUACACCUCCAAUUGACUCAAAUUAUGUCAAUUAGCCUAUCAGAAGCCUCUAAAACCAUGAUAUAAUUUUCUUCUGUUUAAAGGCACACUCAAUUUAGUGUAUGUAAACUUCUGAUUCACUGGAAUUGUGAUACAGUGAAAUAAUCUGCCUGUAAACAAUUGUUGGAAAAAUUGUGUGUCAUGCGCAAAGUAGAUGUCCUAAACGACUUGCCAAAACUAUAGUUUGUUAACAAGAAAUUUGUGGAGUGGUUGAAAAACAAGUUUUAAUGACUCCAACACAAGUGUAUGUACACUUCCGACUUCAACUGUAUGUUCGGUUUUUACUGACUGUUGCUCAGAUUCAUGCAUUUUAUAGUUUUACUCACUGUUAAAUUUUCAUCUUCA